AUGGAUGGGGGUAGCUCAACAAGACAAGGAAGAAAGAGAGCCCACAUUGAUAGAGGGCAUGUAGAAGGACACCAACGUUUGUUCGAUGACUACUUUUCUGAUGAACCGGUGUAUACAGAAUAUCAAUUUCGAAGAAGAUUUAGAAUGUGUAGACAUGUAUUCCUACACAUAGUGCAAGCUCUAGAAAAUCAUUCAGAGUAUUUCCAUACGAGGUUUGAUGCAGUCGGUAGAAGGGGGCUUUCACCAUUACAAAAGUGCACCGCUGCUAUGCGAAUGUUGGUAUAUGGAGCGCCUGCCGAUUAUGUUGAUGAGUAUGUUCGAAUUGGUGAAACUACCGCUAUUGAAUGUCUAGUCAAUUUCGUUCGAGGAGUGAAUGAUAUUUUUGGGACCGAAUAUUUAAGACGGCCCAAUGCUGGGGACAUUCGUCGCUUACUUCAAAUAGGGGAGGUGCGUGGUUUUCCAGGCAUGUUGGGAAGCAUUAAUUGUAUGCACUGA